AUGCGUUCAAGAGAAUGGCGGUCCUUCCCUCCACAGCUGAGAGCCGGUCUUUUGUCACGUCUGGCUGAUCUGAUUUUGAGAGAUGCUGACGAUCUCGCGACCAUUGAAGCAAUUGAUGCAGGCAUCUUGUUCCGAGAUUCCAAAACCCUGCAUAUCCCACAAGCAGUGGAGACUUUAAGAUUCUUCGCCACUUUGACAGAUACUGCAGGACGGUCUUUGGACAUUCCUGGUGGGUUUGCAUACACCCGACGAGAACCAUUCGGAGUGUGCGCAGCUAUUGUGGCGUGGAAUGCACCCUUGAUGAUCACAAUCUGGAAAUUAGCUCCGGCCAUUGCCACCGGAAAUGUGCUUAUAAUCAAGACUUCUGAGCUGGCACCACUUUAUGGCCAGAAACUGGCACAGCUAGUGCUAGAGGCUGGAUUCCCUCCUGGAGUUAUCGCGAUUCUUCCUGGAUUAGGUCAAGUCGCCGGGAAAGCCUUAGCAGAGCACAGUCUUGUACGAAAGAUUUCCUUUACGGGAAGCAGGCUAACUGGGCGGAGUAUUUUAAAAGCCGCAGCAGCUACGAACUUGAAGAAAGUCACCCUUGAACUAGGGGGGAAAAGUCCUUCGAUUGUAUUCGAUGAUGCAGACAUCGACAAUGCAGUGUUCUGGACCGAACUAGGAUCAACAGCCAACAAUGGUCAAGUCUGUGCACUUGGUUCGAGAAUUUACGUGCAAGACUCGAUCUAUGACGGUUUCGUGAAAGCAUUUCAACAGCGGGCCGCCGUAACGAAACCUACUUACGGCGAUCCAUUGAGCAGCAAGACUACCAAAGGCCCUAUUAUCAACAGAACUCAGUAUGAGAAAAUCUUACACUACAUCAAAAAGGGCAAAGAGGAGGGAGGGAAAUUACUCUUAGGUGGAAGCGCUCUCGAUUCAGGAAUCUUCGUUGAGAACACAGUUUUCACUGAUGUGACGGAAGACAUGACAGUCGUAAGGGAGGAAAUAUUUGGUCCGGUUGCGACAAUCACGAAAUUCUCCUCAGAAGACGAGGUAGUCAGCAAAGCAAAUGCGUCGGAAUAUGGCCUCAACGCUGCGGUGUUCACCAAGGACAUUUCUCGAGCCCGACGAGUCUCUGAUGCCCUCGAAGUAGGAACUGUGACGGUGAAUUGCUGGGGUAUCCUCAAUGCAAAUACUCCAUUUGGGGGUGUCAAACAAAGUGGCUUCGGACGAGACAUGGGUCUAGAAGCCCUGAAUGAGUGGACAACGGUCAAGACAGUGAAGCAUUUGCUGUUGAAUCCGGUAAAGAUUUAA